GGAAGCGCAUGCGCGGAGCGGGACACGGAAGCCGCUGCUGUGCGCUGGCUGUGGAUGUAUAACGUUUGCGGUCUCCGGCUGCUGUCUUUCCCAAUCACCACUUCUUCAAUGACUUGUACCAACCCUGACUUCUUCAGUCACCUCUUCCUCCACCGGCAGUAUUGUGCAAACUAAAGGCUGUUAAUGUGAUUUACCAGCAAACAGGAUCCUCUCCCGGACUAACAAACUUGAAGCCAGCACAUUAUCGGUGGGGUGGGACUCUAAUAUGGGUCGACUUUGAGGGCCCCUGUCUCCUGAAUGAUCGGCCAUUCUGGUUGAUCAAACCUCAUUCACACACUCCAUGUGGCUCAACAUGUAGGAAAUAAAGUCUAAAGGGUUGAGGAGUGUGUGGGAGCAUCAUGUGGAGGAAGGCUUCGGCAGCAGCCCUGCUGGCGUUAGCUGUUGGCUAUCUCUACCAUGGCAGCCCGGACCUGCCAGAGCAGAUUCUGCAGUAUAUCAGCCUGCCAAACUUUCAGUCAUCCUCUCGGAGCCAGAACAGCGUGGAGCAGGUGAUCUCCGCUGCCUGGGAGACUCUGAUAACUCUGCCGACCCGGCAGUGGAGCAAAGUGGCAGUGGGGGUGAACGCCUGUGUCGAUGUGGUCGUCUCAGGGGUGGGACUGCUGCAGGCUCUGGCUGUGGAUCCUGGCACCGGCCUGGAUCACGAAGUGUUGCACUCCAAAGAGGACUUGAAGGAAGCCUUCAUCCAUUUCAUGGGGCGUGGAGCAGCAGCCGAGCGCUUCUUCAGCGACAAGGAGGCCUUUCAGAGGAUUGCACGUGCAGCAGCAGAGUACCCCGGUGCGAAGCUGUAUGUGGGAGGGAAUGCUGCCCUCAUUGGUCAGAAGCUAGCCACCUACCCUGAUCUGAUGGUUUUGUUAUGUGGGCCAGUUGGUCCUAAACUUCACGAGAUGCUGGAUGAGCAGAUAGUUGUUCCCCCGGAGUCUCUCCAGGAGAUGGAUGAAUUUCACCUCAUCCUGGAGUAUAAAGCAGGUGAACAGUGGGGUGCAACUCAGGCACCUCAAGCCAACCGCUUCAUCUUCUCUCACGAUGUGUCUAACGGGGAGAUGAGCUCGCUGGAGACGUUUGUGGCGAGUCUGGAGGAGUUUCAGCCUGACCUGGUGGUCCUGUCGGGGCUCCACAUGAUGGAGGGUCAGGGCAGAGAGCUGUGGGAGGAGCGACUGAAAGAGGCUGUGUCAGCCAUAUCUGACAUUGGUCAAGAUAUUCCCAUUCACCUGGAACUGGCAAGCAUGACCGACAAAGACUACAUGAACAGCAUCAUGCAGGAGCAGGUUAUGCCCAUUGUCAGCUCCAUUGGGCUGAACGAGCAGGAGCUGCUCUUCGUCUCUCAGGCUGGUGAGGGGCCUCAUGCAGACUUGGCUGCCUGGAAAGGCAUUCCAGACGUGGGCCAGGUCAGCGACAUCCUCCUCUGGAUCCUGGAGCAGCACGGCCGCAGCGACCCGUCGUCAGAAUCUGACCUGACUCGCAUUCACUUCCACACGCUGGCCUACCACGUCCUGGCUACAGUGGAUGGAUACUGGGGGAACCAGGCGGCAGCGGUGAUGGCUGGAGCACGAGUGGCCAGCAGUCAGGCGUGUGGCCUCCAGUCUGUUGACGUUAGCAAAGUGGAGCUCAAAGCCCCACUAGAGUUUCACAGCUCACACACUGAGCCACGAGAGAAGCUGUCCCUGAACCCAGCCGAGCCUGCUACUGUGUGGCGGAGAGGAAACGUCACCUUCCACCUGACACCGGUGCUGGUCUGCAAACAGCCACUUCGGACAGUAGGGCUCGGGGAUGCCAUCUCAGCAGAGGGACUAGUUUACUCAGAGAUAAAGACCCAGCAGCCCUUCUGAGGUUUGCUUGAAUCUGACACUCCACGUUGAUGGGAAGCGCUGAAAAGACCCAGUGAAGUUUCACCUGCAGCUGUGGUUGUUGGGUGGGAGUCAUGUUUCUAAACUUGUUCAGACCUCCGAGUCCUGAAUCAGGUUCUGUGUCUUCCUUCCCGAAGCUCCGCUGAGUUUAAGAAUGUGAUCGAUGGCGAUAGUUUUAAAAUCCUGCCUGAUGACUCCUCCAGCCUGCUCUGGGCUCCUCUGUUCUCCCUCCUCUAAUCUUCCAGCAGACACCGAUCUGAGGCAGAGCUGUACAGAAGUGGAUCUGACCGGGCUGUGAGGUGGCCUGACUCUAUGCACUGGGCGCAGCUCAAAGCCAUCUUCACAAACUCCAAAGAGUUUUGUUCACCAGGCUCACCAAAUUUACUUUGUGCCUUGAGAAAAUAAAAGAAUUUCCAAGUUAUUAUUAAAUAUUUUAUUCAUAUUUCAGAUCCAGACAAACUCAAAAUUAAGCAUCAAAUCAGUUACCUUCUGAGAUAGAUAUAUAGACACACACCAACACAUAUAAACAAAUGUGUUUGACUGGAAACUGAUGAACGUCUUACUAUAUUGUAGAAUCUAAGUGGUAUUAUUGAUGUUCUGUGUUUCUUCAACUUUACAAGGUACGUCCACGUCAAAUAGUUACUAGAUCACUGAAAGCUCAUUCUCCCAUGGGUGUCCUGACUUCUUUAUGUGUAAUAACUGUUAUCUAGAUAUACUUGACAUUUUUGUUAUUUGUCCUGAGAGGAUAAAAAUACGUGUGAGACAAAGUUUGUUUUCUCAGUUUUUGGCCUAAACACUCCCACUAUGAUGAUGUUUAAGUUUGGAAACUCUGCAUAGCACAAACAACAGUUAUAAUUAUAGGGUUAUUAUAAUCUCUGUUACCUGCUCUACAUUAUACAUUUCUGAUGCAGCGUUUGUAUACCAUUUUGAUCAAAUGUCACACUUAUAAAUGCAAAGUUAAAUGUGGUUUUGAGGGGGGAUCCUUCUUUAUGCAGUAAAGCUCAGUUUACAAUUAGAUGCCAGCUAGUUGACCUAAAGGUUCUGUUGGCAAUUAAAGAUAAAAAUAAAACUUCACAAUGAGGUGUAGGACAUAUGUUAUCAGGGUUACUGUACUUGUUUGUUUACUUUUUGCUUGUACAACUUUUCAGUUACUGUUUUCCCUUACUUCUAAAAUGUGAUUAUGUAACAUGAUUGGCUGGAAACCCUUAAAAGCUGGCCAGUGUAACAUACUGCAAGAAAAGAUUUCUGAUUCAAAUUCUAGCAUAAAGGUACAUUAUGCUUUUUCACGGGUUCGUUGUUUGUCGUCUUUGUUUUUUUUUUCUGAGCUUACUUGGGAACGCCUGCAUCAUGUUAGAUGUACAGUAUACAACUGAUGUAACGGUCAGAACAAUGUAUUUGUAUACCUCACAUGGCCACCGAAGGCAUGCAAUAAUGGAGUCUUAAUGCAAACGUACAACAAAAAGAUGUAUGGCAUUUCGUUUAGCAGAAUUAAUUCUUUGCACUAGUAGGAAGUGGCAGGUGUGCCUGCAAAGGUGAAUGUAACCUUAACUCCGAACCCCUCUUUAUUUUUAGCAAGUACAAUCUAUUCAACUUUGCUCAUUUCAUAGUUUGUGAUUCAUGUUUUUAACAUUUGUAGCUGUCAACAAGUUUCAUUUACUUGUAGUUUGUCAUUAAAAUAUGUAUGGAGAGUA